AAAUAUCCGUCUUCGUUUGCAUGGAGAAAAUUGUCAGUGAAAAAAUCAAUUUUAGUUACUGAAAAGGGCCCCAACCGGGCUAAAAAACCGCGACAAUGGAAGGUUCCGGUGAUAUUCUCACCAUUAACAACUUUUUCGAGAACGACAUGCUGGAUUUUGAUGUAAGUGACCUGAACUCGACCGUCCAAAAAUCUAAGCCAAGACAAAAAAUACCGCGCGAACACGGCGCUGCAGCAAACCCCCUUCCGUGGCCGCCGCUGCUACCGCAAUUCCGCGAACUUCCUCACUUUUGAGUUGCAAAAAAACAGACAAUAUCAACCCCAUCAAUCCAAAACUAUAAAUAUCGAAAAAAACGCAAAGUCGCUAAGCCAAAUCGAUGAGUACACCUUCUGCUAUUUACUGCUAGUUUAUUUUUUUUGCUAUUUCUUCUACAUUCACCACUAAAUUCAGCCACCGCAUUCAUUUCGUUCGAUUAAAUUCUAACUCUCAGCAGAUGGCCUUAAAACGUAAUCCAGUGGGUUCGGGAUGAGCACACUUUGAUGAUAUAAUAUGAGUUUUGAAUAAACUAAUAGUGAAAGAGUGGUCAUCCUUCGAGGCGAUUGCUGUAUUCGAUCUAUUUCCCCCCACACACACUCCUCUAUAUGUAACGUUGUUUAAUGUUAAUUUUCUCGUUUCCAUUCACAAUGAAUCUGGUGUAGUAGAACGCGUUUUUCCGUUCAUGUCGUUUUUUGCUCAUUAGUUUCCCUAUCAAAUCAAACUUUUCUCAAACUCACCUGAUUGAAGUUCUCUGUGUACGACACACACACACAUCUUGCUUUGUUCAAUGUUACUCUUAGUUACUCUCAUCGACUGCGCAUACAUUAGUUUCCAUUUAUCGCUCGCGAUAGGCCCAUUGGUUAACCGCAUUUGACACGAUAUUUUUCCAGGGGAGCAGUGGUUUAGAGUUUCCCGAUUUAGAUUUCAUUUACGCGGACGCGGACUCGCACGCCAACGAGAUCGCGGAACUGUACAGCUACACCGAGCAGGCCGAGUUCCAGCAUAAUGUGAAGGCUUUCGAAGAUCAGAUGGAAUACUACAAACUGCCGCCAAGCUGGCAGAAGUUAUCCGAGAAGGAACAGCGCAGUAUUAUUCUCAAGCUGCUGGAUCAGCUGGACAUGUCGAAGAAAAAUCUCCGCAUGAAGGCGGCUCGCUGCAUUCUCUAUCUGGCACAGGGCUGCUGGGCUGAGAUCCAGUGCGACCAGGAACAGCAGGUCAUUGCCCGAAGGAAUGUUAUGCUGCUGUACGAGGCCGGUGUAUUCGGGGCGUUCGUUGAACUACUGAAUCUAGAGAUUGAUAAUUCAUCGACUGCCAGCAUUGCGAUCCGCAAGGUCGCAGUAUCACUAGCCGAUUCCGUGGAUUUGAGAGUCAUUCUGUCGGUUCUGUACAUUAUAACCGAAGUGAUACGUGCGGAAAAAGAGAGUGGAUGCGAUGAGUACGCUCAGCUUGUGUCCAAUUUUACCAAUGAGAUCACAUAUCCCAUUGGAGACGAGCUACUCUCGGUUAAGCUGCUCGGUAUGAUAACGAAAUUCUGCAGCGGACUGGCACCGCAUUUUCCGAUGAAGAAGGUACUGCUGCUGCUGUGGAAAGUGUCCCUCGUAUCUUUGGGUGGAAUGGAAACGCUGAAGCAACUGAAAGAUGAAUACCGUGAAGCGGCUGGUUUGCCCCAGAACAAGGAGGACACACUCGAGGUGUCGAAAGUUAUGCGCGCCAGUUCGCCCCCGAUCACGGCACCCUCGAACGAGGACAAUCAGAACCCGAAGCGAAGCAAGCCCUUUCGAAGAGUAUGUACGAACACUAGUCAGUUGCAAGAGAGCCUGAUCAAACAAAGUUCCCUGGACGAGCAGGAACAAAUAGGGCUGGAGAUGGAAACACCUUCGACCGAAGCGGAAGAGGAACUCUCCGAAUAUUUUCGCCAGUACGAGGAUCCGAUUAACAACAGUGCUACGGCCCCCAAUAUGGACAUGCCGUUGGAAAAUAACGGAGAGGAAACCACCCCGCCAGCGGACACGCAGGAACCAAUCGAACAACCAACCAACAAACUGCCGUGGGCACCGAAGAUCCGCCGUAAAGAUAUUGACAUUUUUCUCAACACGUCACGCAGCAAAUUCAUUGGUUAUACCCUGAAGGAUGACCAGCAAACGCUGGCCGGUCUUCCACAGCCCAUUCAGGAGGGAUUCUACACUCUCAAAAAGCACAUGUACGUCAGCUUGGCGGACGUACAGAUCAAGAAGGAGGAGGACAUCACCCGCAAUCCGAUCUCGACGUCGGAGGGCGAGAUUGCCCAGACGCCAACGGAAACCCUGUACCAAGCAAUACUGCCGAAUCUGCCCCAGUAUAUGAUUUCGCUGCUGAAGAUUCUGCUUGCGGCGGCACCCACCUCGAAGGCGAAAACCGAAAGCAUCAACAUCAUGGCCGAUGUGCUGCCGGAGGAUAUGCCAAUGACGGUCACCCAAUCCACCAAGCUGGGCAUCGACGUCAGCCGGCACAAGGAGAUCACCGUCAAAGCCGUCUCGGCUAUCCUGCUGUUGUACUUGAAGCACUUCAAAAUAAACCACAUCUACCAGUUCGAGUUCAUGUCUCAGCAUCUGGUUUUCGCCAACUGCAUCCCGCUGGUGUUGAAAUUCUUCAACCAAAAUAUCAUGAGCUACGUCGGGUCAAAAAACGUUAUUCCGAUCAUGGAUUUCCCGUCGUGCAUGAUAGGCGAACAACCGGAGCUGACAUCGGAGUCCCUAAUCAUUGGUGACUCGGCACCCUACUGCUGGCGGAAUGUAUUCUCCUGCAUAAAUCUUCUACGCAUUUUGAACAAAUUGACCAAGUGGAAGCACUCCCGCAUCAUGAUGCUGGUGGUAUUCAAAUCGUCUCCAAUACUAAAGCGAACCCUCAAAGUUCGACACGCUCUCAUGCAGUUGUACGUGCUGAAGUUGCUGAAAAUGCAAACCAAAUAUCUCGGCCGACAGUGGCGAAAGUCGAACAUGAAAACCAUCAGCGCCAUCUACGCUAAGGUCCGCCAUCGGCUGAAUGAUGACUGGGCGUUCGGUAAUGACCUGGACGCUAGGCCAUGGGACUUCCAGGCGGAGGAAUGUGCCCUGCGAAAUUGCGUCGAUCGGUUCAAUAAUCGUCGCUACCUGCAAACCAGCGCCCCGGACAUCAUCGCUAGUGAGUACGACGAUCCCGUCGAAGGAGAUGUAGUGAAUGGCGGUGGCAACCAGGGAGGAAACGCAAACGUCACCAACGGACGCAAACCCAGCGAUGACGUCGAACUGAGCGAAGAAUUCAAACAGAACUAUGAACUGUGGCUCCAGCAGGAGGUUUACAAUAACAACAUCGACUGGGACUUGCUGCUCUCAAACGAGGAUCUUUGAAGAUCUUCCCGUAAAAUUAAAACGCAAUCGUGUGUAAAGUUGACCCAGCGAUGGAAUAAAUCAUGUUAGGCAAAUC